UUUUUUUCCUUUUCAAUCUUCCGCCUCUUCGUUCAAACUUCAAACCAAGCUUUGGCCUUUGGCCCCGGGGGCUCGGUGGCCUCGGCGAAAUCCGCCGACCUUGCGCCUCUGUCCGCCUCCGCCGCUGCCCUCCGCCACCUCGGGGGAAGGGAACCGUCGGGCCGCCGCCGGGGUUGUCGGUGAGGGGGGCUCGCUCCAGUCCCCCACAAUCCCACCGUUCCCCCUCCGUCGUCGAGAUCUUCCCGACUACUACGAGCGGAGGCCCGGCGCGCGCGCGCGAUGCCGCCGAGGAGGAAGAAGGGCGUCGCCGCCAAGCAGAAGCCGCCGGAGCCACCCGCCGCCGACGCGCCGCUGCGGGACCGGCUGAGGUGGCUCAACGACCAGGAAUAUGAACAUCGGAGUGCUGCCAUUAAAGCUAUUCAAGCAGCUGAGAUUGAGAGUAUACUUUCUCGGUUGCGUUUGGUUGAAUCCUACAUUUCCAAGGAGCAACAAGAGGGAUGUGCCUUGCAAUAUUUUCAGGAGAACUUACCCAACUUAUCAGUUGUCCGGAAUGAGGAGCAGAAUGAGCUUGAGUUGAAACGGGAAGAUUGGGACAAACGAUUAAUUGGAGACCACUGUGAUGACAAGAUUUUUCGGGCUUCAGUCUCUUCGUUACCAAAUGUUGGUUAUGUUCAAUUCUCAGGGGAUUCAGUGCGGAAAAGCUUUAUUGAGAGCAUGCCUUUUAAUUUUAAUGACUUUGCUUGGGGUGAGCUACCUGAGGAUCAACUGGCAGGAAUUGCAGAUGCUUUACAGACACCCGGGGCUGUGAGUACUCGGCUCUCUUUUGGUAUGACACCAAAAACUUUAAGGUUGCCCAAAAAGGGCGAGAUGCUCUUAUCUGUGCGUGGCUCACCUCUUGGAGUGUACAAAGAAGAAAAUCUGGCAGCUGUUCAUGAAUCUACAAAUGGAAGUGAAGAUGCUGCCUCAUAGUACCAGUUGCCACAUAUAGCAUACUAAGGAUGCUAUGUGAUCUAUCCACUCUUUUCGUUUAGUCGUGUGCCCCAUGGUUGAUAUGUUUUGUCUAUUGCAGGGACUUAUCAACCCUUGACUUAACCUUUGGGAUAUUGGUGUUUUUCUUUUUCUUACCUAAGCUGGGAUACUCACCCAGAAUCAAGAUGCAAUCACUAGUUCAGGUGAGUUGCAGUAUCUAUUUGUUAUCCUUGUGUAGUUGGCAGUCCGCACGUGUGUUGUUGGAUGCUGAUUUCAUUCAGGUGAAAUCGUGUAUUAAGUAAUGUGUCAAUGUGUCACCGUUGUUAACUUUGCUGCCAAGGAAGUGGGCAAAAGCAGUCUAAAUGCGCGUGUCCGUGCACUCGUGAUUGUCAAUGCUGUAUUAGCUCAUUACCAGAGAUGAGACAAUGUGAGCUGUUGUAAAACCGAAUUGAAAUUGUGAAUCAUCAGAUUUAAUAUUCAAAUUGCUUGCAAAUAAUUGGUAAAUA